GUUUCGUCCGCUGUGUGUGUCUGCUUGCGGCGCCUCAUGGCUUAUCGGGGCUUUCCUUUCCAGUGAGCUAGGCUCCUCUUCCAAUUCUUAGGAUAAUCAACAUGAUCGCAGGAGUAAGUGGCGAGCACUUCCAGCCCUGCUCUUCUGGGCAAAUGCCCGGGCUCCCCUCCCCUGAGGCUUCUUACGAAGGAAGAAGAAGUACAGAAGAGAAUGGCUCACCUGGUGGGACGAGCGGGAGCGUUGGGGACGAAGGCGUUGGAGCUGAGAAGCGUCGUGGACGUUGCAAGUGGUUCAACGUGGCCAAGGGGUGGGGCUUCAUCACCCCUGACGACGGCGGCCAAGACAUCUUCGUCCACCAGAGUGUUAUUCAGAUGACUGGGUUCCGUUCACUAGGAGACGAUGAAGAAGUUGAGUUUGAGUGCAAAACAUCUGAUAAAGGUCUCGAGGCAACUUUAGUGACAGGACCUGAAGGUAGCGAUUGCGCUGGCUCACACAGAAGACCUCAAGCUCGUAAAAGAUUCAGAAAAAUAAGAUGCUAUAACUGCGGUGAAUUUGCUAAUCAUAUUGCUGCAAAAUGCUCACUUGGACCGCAACCGAAGCGUUGUCAUUCUUGCAAAUCUGAAGACCAUCUAAUAGCUGACUGUCCAACAAGAAAACCAAGACCAUCCGGUGGUCCGGGAGAAGAAGCAACAAUCGGCGCAGCAAGUUCAGAAGCCAUUGUUUCUGGAGUGGCUUCCAUGUCUCUCAAUAAUGGCCAAGGAGAAAACUAGUCUCCUUAAUGUAUAAAUCUCCUCUUUCUUGAAUUGGAACUUUAGUUUCUGUCUUCCAUUAUACAUCUUAAUAAAGCAAGUCAGCCAUUGCUUGUAAUUGUCUUUACUUCCAAAUGUCAUGAGAAUAGCAGGAAAGUAAAGUAAAAUAUUUUUUAUUGGAAAUAAAUUUAUCUAUUAAUGAUAAUAAAUUAGGAAAAUUAUCUCUGCUAAUCUUGUAACGGAAGUAAAAACGGUUAAAUGAGUUUUUCUUUUGUUUUUAUUAGUUUACUUUUACAAUUCUUUAGUAAAUCUAUAACUAUAAUUCAAUUUAACUAUAUUCAUUUUUUAAAAAAUUUAACAUGAAAUUCAUUUAUUUUAUAUAAUUUAGGACCAUUUGUAACUAUCGUACAAAAUACUGUAAAGAAGUUAGCACAAUUUUAAUCGUCCUAAUUACAUGAUUAUGAAACUUAGAUAGAAAUAUAUGCUUAGCAUAUAUAAUACGAAUCAAUAGAAAUAUUGGGAAUACAUUUUCCAAUAUAUCUUUUAUAACAAUUGUUUACCUCACUUUUAGGAAAAUUAUCUUUCCAAGUGCCUAACUAUUUUAAGUAAGAACUUUUAUAAGACUGAAUUUCAAUAAGCCAAUUAAAAAAUAAAUAAAUGAACUGUAAUCAUUAAGGUGUAAUAUUAUAAGUUAUAGAUCUUAUUAUAAGUUUAGGGUAUUGUAUAAAAUUUUGGAGUAUUACUUUAAAUAUAUCAUUCAGGAGUCUUGAUUACUACAAUUUGGAGUUCAAACUACAUCAAAACUACAUUCAAUCGGAGUUUUUUAUUUUUUUGGUGCAAUUAUAACAACGGGGUAUUACAACUGAUUUUUGGAGUUAUUACAGCCUCGAAAAUUUUCGAGAUAUGUAUUCCUAAACCCGAAUUAAGAAAAACAAGAGCUGUAAUUCUAGUAAGAGCUGUGAAUCUAAAGAAACUUUAUAAAAAUUUUAAACUCCUUUAAUUAGUUUAUGAAAUUAUAUUGUGUCACAGUAAUUAUUCUAAAACUGUGACAAAAAACUCAAAGGUGUGUAUUUUUAUUUUUCUAUUGUUUUGCUUUUUAAUUUGUAGAAAAAUAAAUAAAAUAUUUUUAAAAACAAAUAGGUAAAUUUACCAAUUAGAUAAAUUAACCACUCCAAACUCCUGUUUGAUGUACUUAAUUUGUUUUAUAUGUAUUUUGUGCUCUCUGGAAAUAUGUAUUGUUGGAGAGCAUAUUUGGAAAAUUAUUGUUAGUUUAUUUUGAAUGAAUAUCAUAAUAUUUCUGUGUAGUAAAAUUAUAUAAACAAAAUUUAUGAAUUGCAAGCUUUUUAGUUUUCGAGUGUGAAAAUUUAUUAUAUUAUUUCUUUCAAAAAAUUCUGAUUUAUUUUUAAGUGGAU